UAUUUUAUAACUUUUCGUUCCAUCGUUUGGACAACUCAAUUCCUGCUAUUUUUUAUUUAUCCCCAAUUUUAAAAUGACAUUUUCUUCUUUUGUUCGUUGCACUGCUCGCGCUUACAUUUCCGGUCAAAAGCACCGUGCUGUCCAAGAGGCUCAUCCUGCUGCCCUGAAUCUGCAGCUGGAGGAAGCCCAACAGUCCGCAAAAGCUUUUUCCAACAUGGUCCGCAACAUAGCCGCCAACCUUGAACGCUCGAUGGACAGAGCCAAGAAGCGCCACGAGAUGGAACUCGCCGAUUCUGUGAAAACUCUUACCCAGGAGUCCCGCAAGGCCCUGCAAGAGGCCGAAGCCAACCACGCAAGAGGCCUGCAGGUUGCCAAGACCGGGUGCAAAUAGUAGUUAAUCAAGCAGCCAAGGACAAGAUCGAACUCUAGACUGAGAUAGUCCAAAUUCGCGACAACAUCAAGAACGUCAAGGACAAGAUGGCGGUAGCGGUGAAUGUUGACCCGGAAGUCCCCGCGCUGGCGUCGAAUGGAUCCGCAAAUACU